UCCUAAGCCAUUCGAAUCUAGUUUUACAAGAGCUUAAGAUUCAAAAACCCAAGAACAGUUUCAUCCAAAAAUGUUUGGAGAGAUUAGUUUGGAGUCUGAUUUUGCUCUCUUGGAGUCUAUUCGGCAACACCUUCUCGACGAUAAUUUCGAUAACGUUUUGGAAGAAUCGUCGCCGACGGGUUCAGGCAACCCUCCUCCUAUGUUUUGCCGGAGUUUCAGUUUCAGUGCCCUUUUCUCGGAGGAGAGUUGGAGCGACAUGCCGCUGAAUGUGGACGAUAAUAACGACGUGGUCGUUUCCAGUGGUUCCACAGACAGCGGAUGGAGUCCAUCAUCAGAUCACAGUCACAUUGAUGUUGUUGAGACCACACCCGUGAAACCGGAGCCUCAGGAGGUGGUUUUGGAAGGGAUAGAGGUGGCGCGUGAGACUCACGCGCCGUCAUCAGGCAGGCACUUUCGAGGAGUUUAUUCAACUGGGGAAUCUUCCUCUUCGUCUGCCUCUUCAGACAGCGGGUCGCCAAGGCCAAAAAGGAGAAAUACCGGAGUUAGCUCGGUGGCUGGAGCAGAGUCGGGUAGCGAAAGCCUAGUAGAGAUGGUUGAGAUGAGCCAGCUAGCUGUUGUUGAUCAAUGGCUAAAUGAUCUCAACACUGCAGUGUUCCCCAUGCCACAUGAAUUAUAACCAAUUAAUAUUUUUUAUUGCAUUUUUUAGACAUGGAGAUUCCCAAUCCCAAGUGUAAAGCGUUGGGCUUUU